GACGUUGAUGUUUCGAUUUUCUUGGUGAUGGAAGAUGUGCAUAGGUAAGAAAAUAGAGGUUAGAAUUUUACUUUGAUAGAAUUUUACUUUGAAUUAAACGGAGAUUGAGAUAAUGAUAUUUAAGAGAAGAUAAAAGAUUGAAAUAUCGAAGUUGUUGCUCAGAUCUCAGGCAUCCUCAUGAUUGCCGGGUGCGAAUGGGUACGAUUCGUCACAUUCAGUACUAAUAUUCACAACGUUUCGUACACAACCUCUAUACCAUGGCAACCUCCAACGAACCAGAUCCUCGAUUCGACGGCCAAGUAUUGACCUACAAACCCGAAUCAAUCAUAGUCGCAAUAGAAACCUACUACAAAGCCCUAAGCAAGCUUCCCUAUGUCGACGAAUCUGACAUUGUCUCCCCUCCCACAUUUGGCUGGCCGAAUAUCACAGAAUCCAACUUCGCACCGCUAGAGAAGACUAGUGCUGUGAUUGACCUUCUCAAGCACCUUCCAUAUCUGCAGAAUCCAGACAAGGAGAAAGGCUAUGCGAUCGCGUUUGGGACAUUUCCCAUUGAUUACACUGCUGCACCAUUCAGAGAGCCGAUUGAUAUACAGGAAGCAAAGAAUUUCAAGCCUGACCUUGCAUGGCCAGAAGAUGCAGUCAAAAGCUGGGUCAUCCCCUUGACGAUGAGUGAGGACAACUAUUGGGGGAACUGGUGGCUGCUCGAUACUACUGAUGGCACUGUGACAGAUUGGGCACAUAGCAACUCUACCGAAGCCGACGUCGACUACGCCCCCGAUGACCCGAGGUCAUGGCGCAAUACAUGUGGGGAGACGAAGAAGCUUGAGGAUCUCUUGGCUGAAUGGAGAAGCAAGUUCGAAAGCUUGCACUGGGUUGCCUUUGGAGAUCCCACUGGGAGGGAGAAGGUCUGGAAUGAUGAAGAUAUACAGAGAGAUGAGGGUACGGAGCACUGUGAGGAGCUGCAAGCUAUCAUCAGAAAACACGGAUGGCCUGAGGAUCUCAAGAGGCAGGAGUGUAAGGCAGCGUUGGAAACGUGGGUGGAGGAUCAUCAGACCUAGAAGACGAGCUGUCAGGACGGGUAGCGUUUUGACAUUUUGUGUAAAUGAGUAAGGUUUGCUGGGUUAUGCUGGAUAGGAGGGUUCGCAGCAUGAAAAAUGUAAAAGUAGACAGAAGGGUAAUUUUGAGUGCAGAGAAAUGUAAUUCUACGAUAGCGAAGUGUAAUUCUACAAUUCUCUUGGG